AUGCCACGGGUAGGCGCGUUGAGGCUUGCCGCCUCCUCGGCGCCAACGCGGCCUGUGCCGCAGCGUGCGAUUGCUGCCAGACAAGAGGAGGAGCAGAGCCGCUUGGCGAUAGGGCCAGGCAAUCGCAUUCGCCCCGUGGGCGUUGCGGACUCGAGCAACACCCGGGUCGAGGUUGCUGCGCCUCGUGGCGCAGUGAUGCAGCAUCGCACGCUCGUUGCGGGGGAUGGAGCAUCGGCGGCAGCCGGAAUCCUGGCCCUGUUCACGCGCGCGCGAGACGUGCAGACAGGGGUUGCCAACUUUGCCAGGUGA